AGAUCUUGGGAUGAUAUUACGAUGCCUGAAGAACCUCCAAUUUUUGAAUCGUCAUCAAGUGAUGAAAAUUGGACAUCAACAGCCAAAAAUCGCAAACCAAAACUGGACCACCAAGAUAAGAAAUCUCGUAGAUCUGAAGCAAAGAAAUCUCAUAAAAGUAAAUAUGAAUCUGAUAAUAGAAGUCGCUCCUCAGAAAGUUCUGUAUCAAAUAAAGUUACCAGUAAUAGUACUCGAGAUCGAAGGAAAAAUGUGUUGCAUGAAUCUAAUGUUAAGAAAUUUCAACUGAAAAAUGCUGAACAAAAUAUUGAACAGGUCUCUUCAACAAGAUCUUGGGAUGAUAUUACGAUGUCCGAAGAACAACGUGUUGAAAUAAGUUUCCACCCGGACAGGACUUUAGAAUCAGAAUCUGUCCAUAACCCUGAUUUCAAUUAUUCUGAAAUCUCCAAAGACCUUUUCGAAGUCCCCGAAGACUACUCUUUAUGCCAUUGUGUAGCCGAAGACUUCAUCAUGGGUGCAGGCAUUGCUUUACAAUUCCGUUUUAGAUUUGGAAGAGUUGCAGAUUUAUUACUACAAAGACCCCGAACAGGUGGCUUUGCAUACCUUAAAGAUAACCAAAGGUUUAUUUACUAUUUAGUAACGAAACAAAGAAGUUCUGGGAAGCCUUGCAUAGAAGCUUUAGAAUCAUCGUUGGAGAACAUGAGGAAGCAUAUGCUGAAAAAUAAUGUAAGGAAACUUGCUAUGCCAAAAAUUGGUUGCGGCUUGGACAGACUAAGAUGGGAUGAUGUUUCUGGAUUGAUACAGAGAAUAUUUAGAAAUGAUAGGAUUGAGAUUCUUGUGUGUUUUGUAGAUGGACCAAAUGAUACUGGUUAUGCAUCAUCUAGGAGACUAGCAAAUGGUAAUUAA